ACAUUUCUUCUCCACGCCCCCCGCGAGUUAGCGGAAUUGCCAGGCGAGUCCUCCCGCCGCGACCGCGAUGGAGCCACCCGCACCCGGUUCAGAACCGGUCGAGGAGGACCGCAUCGAAGAACCGGCCUCCUCCAACUCCAACGCCUCCUCCCCGAGCGCUGCUGCGCCGCCACCUCCCCUCCACCUCGAGCAGGCCGGAGGCGGCGCCGAUGGGUCGAGCCCCGCCACGGUGGUCGACCCCCGGAAGGGCAAGGGAGUCGCCACCAUUCCUUCUCCUCCGAGCUUCGCGAGCAGCAGCAGCUCCUCCGAGCUCCGCGAGCAGCAGCAGCUCCUCGACAACGCCAUCGCCGCGACGCUCAGAGCCGGGCCCUUAGGCGGCAUGGAGUCGACCUCCGCGGCGGGCGGCAGGGAGUCGACCUCCACAGCGGACGGCAGGGCGCGGGCGGCGUGGAGCGACCCCUUGGUGGCGGUGGCGGUGGCGGAGACGAGCGAGGAGCCCAACGCGGCGGCGCGGCCGUUGGACUCCAAGCUGGUGUUCGACCACCGGCUGGCGCGAGAGCAGGCGGCUAUCGACGAGGCGAACGAGCUAUGGGGACAGGAGGCGGUGCCCGCCGCGGCGGCGCAGCCGUUGGAGUUGGACCCCAACCUGGUUGGGCAGCGGUUGGAGUUGGACCUCAACCUGGUUAGGCAGCGGUUGAUCGAGCGGCUAGCGAAAGAGCAGGCGGCCGUCGACAACAGGCGACGGGAACAGCAGUACAACUCGCUGCGCGCGGAAGAGGCGAUGUACAAGAAGGAACAGGAGAAACUAUCACAAGCAAAGGUUGUGGUAAAGGUGAAACCCAAGCAGGACAAACUAGGUAUAAACUGGAGUUGGAUCAAGAACAAGAUUUUUCAUAGAGAAGGAAGGGAAAUAUGUUCGGAACAUGUGAACCACCAGACACAUCCCAUCACUGAAGUCAGAAGGCAUCAUAGGCUUGCUUCUGACGAGGCGAACCAUCUUAAUGCCUAUUCAGAAUAUAGACCGGUGAUUGGAGAUGGGGAGUGUUUCUACAGGAGCUUCAUAUUUUCGUACCUUGAGCAAGUUAUUGAUAGGCAGGACACACAUGAGGAACAUCGUCUCCUUCGUGUUGUUGAAAGAAUGUCCAUGCAACAUGCAAAUCUUGGAUGGAACUCUGACUUUCGCAGGAGCAGCAAAGCAUUUAAGAAUCUGAUCAAGAAAAUAAUGAGACUGAAACAUGGCAGAGAAUCAACUAGCAGCCGCCGUAAAGAGAAACUUCUCAAGUUCUUCAGCAAGGAUGAUACGACACUAGACAUUUUCAUUUUCCUCAGAUUAGUAGUAGCUAUCCAGAUGUGCUCGCACAGGGAGGUGUAUGAACCGCUUAUACCAGGGCUCAGAGGAAAUUACAAUCUGGAACAUUGGUGCUUUUGGCGUGUCACUCCAGCUCGUCGGUUCACGGAUCAUGUUAUGAUGGUGGCCUUGGCCAGAGCGCUUGAGGUCCCCCUCAGAGUGGAGCGAGUCCGAGGAGGAUAUGAUCCAGAUAUCUACACUGGUCCUGGAGUUCCCCAUCCGAGAGUGACCCUGCUGUACUCGGCAAAUCACUAUGAAAUCAUCUACCCACGUGCUCCUUCUGCUGAGAGUUCAAGUCAUCAGGCUUCCCAGAUAGAACAUGCUACUGAUCAGGGUUCAAUGUACUACUUUGCAAUGUACUACCUAUGUUUCUUUAAACUGCCAAAAUGUCAUACAUUUAGAAACGAAGGGUUUUAA